GAAAUGAUAGACUAUGAAGAUCUGAAGAAGCGCAUAUGUAAAGACCGUGUCCUUCUCCAAAAGAUGAAGGAGAAACUUAACAUGGACGAAUCUGAGAACAGAGAAGCCAAGCAAGAAGCGUCCAGGAAAAAGAAGAUGUCUAGGGCACAAGACUCUGUCCUCAAAUACAUGAUCAAGAUCAUGGAGGUUUGCAAAGCUCGUGGAUUCGUCUAUGGCAUCGUCCCUGAAAAAGGUAAGCCAGUUACUGGAAGCUCGGAUAGUCUACGAGAAUGGUGGAAAGAAGAUAUUAGAUUUGACCAAAAUGCCCCUGCAGCAAUUGCAAAGUAUUUACCCUUACUUGAAAAGGGAGAAUUAGAUGAGUCGUCAAGCAUACACCUUCUCCAAGAUCUUCAAGACAAAACACUAGGAUCUCUUCUUUCAUCACUGAUGCAACACUGUGUGCCGCCACAAAGAAGGUAUCCUUUGGAUAAAGGUGUGGCCCCACCGUGGUGGCCUAAUGGGUCAGAGGCAUGGUGGGGUGAACAGGGCCUUUUGGCUCAAGGACACGGGCCACCACCGUAUAAGAAACCCCAUGAUUUGAAGAAGACAUGGAAGGUUUCGGUUUUGGCUUCAAUUAUAAAGCACAUGUCUCCUGACCUGGAGAAAUUGAGAAGGCUUGUGACUCAAUCAAAGACCUUGCAAGAUAAUAUGACUGCCAAAGAUAGUGCUACUUGGUCCAAAGUUGUGAACAAAGAAGAAGCUUUAUUGAGACUUAUCAACAAGUGUCUUAAGAUUUCUCCUUCUUCGUCCAGCGACGAGGAGAAUAAUAAGGAAGACGGUAAGGGAGAAUUUGUGGACAAAUUACUAUAUACAUGUCAGAACGUAGAUUGUCCACAAAGCCAUUUGUCCAUGGGAUUUAGAGACAAGAAUUCAAGGAUGGACCACGAGUCGAUAUGCGUUUUUCGCGGUGCCACUCUCGAUCAUCAAGGAAGUAGCAGCAGCAAUGAAAAUUCAAAGGCUUUCCAUAAUUACCCGUCGAGUGAGGAGAGGAUGAUAAGUGUUGGAGAUUGGAUGAACAUGGAGGUAGCUAAAGCCAACAACCACAAUAACAAUAAUAAUAAUUUUGGUGACACUGAUUUUGGUGAUAUUGAUAUUAUGAAUGGAAUGAAAGAGAUUGCGGGUGAAGCUUUUGGUGAGGACAAUUUAGGGUUGUGGCUGAAUGACAUUGAAGAUUGUGAGUUGCUUGCGGCAUUGGAGAUGGGUAAAGCAAAUAGCGUGAUGGAUUCCACUCAUCAGAAUAAUAAUCCACCAUUAAUAAAACAUGAUUAUAUUUCUCCACAUGACGGCCUUGGCCAAGAAGCAACAACUUCAUCACUUUGGGAUUAUACUACUACUUCGUUUAAGAGCAACAAUAUUUAA